CUUCGCUUCCUUGUUCUUUCUUCUUCUUCUUCUUGUUUCACAGACCUAUGCUUUUUCUUUUUCUUAAGUGAAAUGUCACGUUGCUUUGCAAUACCCAGAACCCUUUUUUCAUGUUCUACCUCAAUUUGAGACACAAAGUUUCUGUCUUUGAACCCCAGGUACCAUAUUAUCCAUCUUUUUCUACUGGGGUCAGGAAUAUUGAUAUUACUCUUAUUUUCUCAUUUUCAUGGGGAAUUAGGUUUCUGGGUAGGUUGAAUUCUUAACUGGGGUGUGUGGUGUAAUGAGGAACUGUUGAGGUUUCACAAGCUAUUAUUAUUCCGAGGAUUAUUUUUUUUUUUUUUUUAAUUUUUGUGUGUGUGUGUGUGUGUGUGUUGUGGGGUGGGGAUCAAUAUGCUUAUAUUAGUGGGAAACGUGCAAGGAACAAUGAGUUCUCUUGCUUCACCAGUGAGUUUAGGGAGCCUCAUGGGUGUGAGUUCUUGUGGAAGGUCCCAUUCUGGUGUGAGGAGAGUCUCUCUUUCUAGAGGGAAAUGUAAGGGUAACAAGACAUGGCAUUGUGUCUCUUUGUCUGUAUGUAGAUAUUCAGUGACCACAACUGAUUUUGUUGCUGACCAAGGCAAUUCAGUGUCCCUUGAUUCUAACAGUAAUAGUAAAAGUGGAGGAGAUGAUAGUGCUGGUUUUGUCCUUAAGCCUCCUCCUAGGCCUGUGUUGAAGUCCCCAGGCAAUAAGGUUGACCCCAUUUUAGGUUCGAAUUCGGAAUCUUGGGCCCCCUCUAGGGAUACUAAGGAACCUCCUGAGGAUGUAGAGGAGAGGAAUAAAGUGAUUGAGUCGCUUGGAGAGGUGUUGGAGAAGGCUGAAAAGCUGGAAAAUCCUAAGUUGGAUGGUGAAAGAAAUAAUGGGUCAGUAAAUAAACCAGUAAGAUCCAAUACAAAUGCUAAUCCUAAGGCUGAUAAACCAGUAGAUUCAACAAAAACCCAGAAGGCUAAAACAUUGAAGAGUGUAUGGCGUAAAGGGGACACGGUCGCAGCUGUGCAGAAGGUUGUGAAGGAAGUACCCAAGCCUAGUAUCAAGAAUGAAGGGGAGAAAUCUCAAACAGGGGGAGGGGUGAAGGUAACAUCACAAUCUCGUGCUCCUCAGCCACCUUCAAAACCUUCACCAAUGUUACAAGCUAAACCAUCUAUAGCUCCCCCACCCGUUAAAAAACCUGUUGUCUUGAGGGAUAAGGAUGCAGCUGAAACAUCUGUUAAAUCUAAAGAAAGGAAGGGCCCCAUCUUGAUUGAUAAGUUUGCUUCCAAGAAACCAGUAGUUGAUCCUGUAAUUGCUCAAGCAGUUUUAGCCCCUUCAAAACCGGGGAAGGCCCCUCCCCCGGGAAAGUUUAAAGAUGAUUACCGGAAGAAAGGUGGUCCGGCUGGGGGAGGACCCAGAAGACGAAUAGUAGAUGAUGGGAUACCUGAUGAGGACACAUCAGAACUGAAUGUUUCUAUUCCUGGUGCUGCAACAGCAAGAAAAGGAAGGAAGUGGAGUAAAGCAAGUCGAAAGGCAGCAAGACUUCAGGCUGCCAAGGAUGCAGCUCCUGUCAAAGUAGAAAUUCUAGAGGUCAGUGACAAGGGUAUGCUAGUGGAGGAGUUAGCCUACAAUUUGGCAAUCAGUGAAGGUGAAAUCCUGGGUUUGCUAUACGCCAAGGGGAUUAAACCGGAUGGUGUACAAACUUUAGACAAUGAUAUGGUGAAGAUGGUAUGUAAAGAGUAUAACGUGGAAGUCAUGGAUGUUGAUCCUGUUGAAGUCGAAGGAUUAGUGAAGAAAAGGGAAAUUCUUGAUGAAGAUGACCUUGACAAACUCAAAGAUAGGCCUCCUGUCGUUACUAUCAUGGGCCAUGUAGAUCAUGGCAAGACAACUCUUUUGGAUUAUAUACGGAAGAGCAAGGUAGCUGCUUCUGAAGCUGGUGGUAUCACACAGGGAAUUGGGGCUUAUAAAGUGCAAGUACCUGUUGAUGGCAAACUGCUGCCCUGUGUUUUCCUUGACACUCCUGGACACGAGGCAUUUGGGGCGAUGAGAGCUCGUGGAGCAAGCGUAACAGACAUUGCUAUUAUUGUUGUGGCUGCUGAUGAUGGUAUUCGUCCUCAAACAAAUGAAGCUAUAGCUCAUGCCAAAGCGGCAGGGGUACCCAUAAUCGUUGCUAUAAACAAGGCAUGCCAUCCUGAUGUGUCUCCAACAUCUACAAUUCCUAUGCUUUACUUGGUGAUGGCUAGAGGAAUUGUUGACACAUUAUUAUUUAUUUAUUUGAAACAGAUAGAUAAAGAUGGAGCAAAUCCAGAACGAGUUAUGCAAGAUCUUUCUUCAAUUGGUUUAAUGCCAGAAGACUGGGGUGGUGAUGUCCCAAUGGUUCAGAUAAGUGCUCUUAAAGGGGAGAAUGUGGAUGAUCUUUUGGAAACUAUUAUGCUUGUUGGCGAGUUGCAAGAGCUGAAAGCUAAUCCUGAUAGAAGUGCAAAGGGCACAGUCAUUGAGGCAGGGCUAGAUAAAUCGAAAGGACCAUUUGCUACAUUUAUUGUGCAGAAUGGCACCCUUAGAAGGGGAGAUAUAGUAGUUUGUGGAGAAGCUUUUGGAAAGGUGCGGGCUUUAUUCGAUGAUGGUGGAAAGCGUGUUGAUGUAGCUACCCCCUCUAUACCUGUACAGAUUAUUGGAUUGAAUAAUGUUCCAAUUGCUGGUGAUGAAUUUGAGGUUGUUGAGUCCCUUGAUACUGCACGUGAAAAGGCAGAGUCCCGUGCUGAGUUAUUGCGAAAUGAACGUAUUUUAGCAAAGGCAGGGGAUGGCAAGGUCACCCUUUCUUCCUUAGCUUCUGCAGUUUCAUCAGGAAAGCUUUCUGGACUAGACUUGCACCAACUAAAUAUUAUCUUGAAGGUUGAUCUUCAGGGAACUAUUGAAGCUGUCAGACAAGCCUUGCAGGUGCUACCACAGGAUAAUGUCACACUUAAAUUUUUGUUGGAAGCAACAGGCGAUGUAAACACAAGUGAUGUUGACCUUGCCAUUGCGAGCAAAGCUAUUAUUUUGGGAUUUAAUGUCAAAUUACCAGGCUCUGUGAAAAGCUAUGCAGAGAAUAAAGCCGUUGAGAUUAGAUUAUAUAGAGUAAUUUAUGAAUUAAUUGAUGAUGUGCGGAACGCAAUGGAAGGUCUCCUGGAACCUGUUGAGGAACAAGUAUCAAUUGGCUCAGCACAAGUACGGGCCACAUUCAGCAGCGGUAGUGGUCGUGUUGCUGGAUGCAUGGUUAAAGAGGGAAAGGUAGUAAAAGGCUGCGGUAUUCGAGUCAUUCGGAAGGGAAAAGUAAUUCAUGUUGGUAUUCUUGAUUCUUUGAGACGAGUGAAGGAGGUUGUCAAUGAGGUAAAUGCUGGUCUUGAGUGUGGACUUGGGUUAGAAGACUAUGAUGAUUGGGAAGAGGGUGAUAUUCUUGAAGCCUUCAACACAUUUGAGAAGAAGAGGACCCUUGAAGAGGCCUCAGUAUCAAUGGCAGCUGCAGUGGAGGGAGUAGGAGUUAAAUUGUAGAAUGAACAAUGAUGUGCAUGUGCCAGUGCCACUAUGAGAUUGGUUCCUAUCUUGUGUUUGACAAGUCCAAGUGCUGAAAAAAAAAUUAUUUCUUUCCAAAUGAUGUUAUGACAUUGGGCAAGAGGUAACAAUUUCCACAUCAUAAUGUAAAUUGAGGGUGGCUGCUGAAAGAUCAUAGUUCAAAAUCAUUUGUUCUAUUGUUUGCUGUAAAGGUGUAUAUAGCAACGUAUAUUAGUUUCAGCUCCUCUUAAGGAGGGGAAAUUUUUCAUUGCCUUGACCCCUGAAUACUUGUAACAACCACAUAUAAGACAAGGAAAGAAUUGGAUUUUUUUUUCCUUCAUUUUUUGUAUGAUGCUCUAUAAAAUGGAUGCAAUAUCUUAUACACUGAGGUCUGGAAAUUUGUAUUUCUACUGGUAUAUUUCUAGACAAAGUAUAGUUUGAUGAUCCAAGGUUGUAAACCGAUGUAAA